UCAACCUCUCAGUGAAAAGCACAUCUUUGCAUCUUUCCUCGAAAGUCAAUUCCUCCUAACAGUCACCAAUCUCGUCUUCAAAAGCAUUCAAAAUGUUCCGUUUUCACAAGACACUCGACAUCGUCACGGUCUUUCACAAGGCCAGCUCUCCCGCCUCGGUGAGAGUCGCCAACCUUCUCAAGCAGGUCUCUGCCAAUGCUACUGCUGGAGCUACCCUUGACCAGGCGAGCGAGACAAAGCCCGCACGCGAGCAGUUUGAGCUCAACGUCACUGAGGAUCCCCCCACCGACGACCAGGUCAAGACGAUCUUGGAGUAUGUUGGAACCAGCGGCAUCUCCAACAUCAUCAAGGGUGCAAACAACGAGAAGGAUGCCCUGAAGAAGUUUAAGGAGAGCAGGGAGAACUUUCUCCGGCCAGUGGUCGUGGACUGGAACAAUGGCAAGGCCAUUGCCGGUGACAAUGAGUCCGAGAUCCUCAAGCUGCUGAACGCCAAGAAGUAAUGACCUUUCUCUGUAUUCAUGUACAAAACAUCGCCUCAUCCCCCCUUUUGUAAAUACCAAGCGCAUAUCUGGAUUCCCAGAUAGCAAUAUUUGACGAUGAAAACUUGA